AUGGACUUACGUAGCAACUUUGAUCGAUUUCUGAUAUUUUAUAAAGAUGGCUGGAAGAUUUUCCGGAAUCCUCCUCUGGAGUCUAAGCAUUCUUCACUUUAUUAUUGGAGGGAACAGAUGAAAGCAAUGUUUUUAUACACAACCUCCGAGGAACGACGAUUACCCUAUCGAUUCGUUUGGCACGGUUUGGUGUGUCUUCAAACUUCCGUAUUUUUUGCUUCAAUGUGCUACGGUUUAACGGAAUCGAUAGGAGACAAUGUUGAGAUGGGUCGAGAUCUUGCUUUUAUGAUUGGGGCAUUUUUUAUUAUUUUCAAAAUUUUUUAUUUUAAUUGGUACGGUGAUGGUCUUAAUGAGGUCAUCAACGACCUGGAGGCAUUGCAUCCUUGGGCACUGGAGGGUCCAGGUGCAGUCGAUUUUCGGCCUGGCAAACGCUGGUACUUCAUGAUGGCGUUCUUUUUAGCAUCGUCUUGGGGGCUCUUCUUGUGUAUUUUUCUCGUACUCCUACUAACAUCACCUAUGUGGGUCCAGAAGCAGAACCUUCCCUUUCACGCGGCUUUUCCCUUUCAAUGGCACGACAGAUCGAUCCACCCCAUCACACACGCCAUUAUCUAUUUGUUUCAAAGUUUUCUUGGGACGUAUACUCUUACAUGGCUGUUGUGCGUGGAGGGACUUUCAGUAUGCAUUUACGCAGAGUUAACCUUUGCCAUCGAAAUUCUAUGCCUUGAACUUCAAAACCUUCACCGGAGAUGCAAGGACAAUGGACAGCUGAGUCUGGAAAUAAAGCGCUUGGUCAGGUUUCACCAGAAGAUUGUUGAAAUUUUGGAUCGUACUAACGAUGUUUUUCAUGGGACUCUCAUCAUGCAAAUGUCGGUAAACUUCUCAUUAGUCUCUCUAUCGGUCUUAGAGGCAAUGGAGGCCCGAAAAGAUCCCAAGGUGGUGGCUCAGUUUGCAGUCCUUAUGCUGCUCGCAUUGGGACAUCUGUCCAUGUGGUGUUUUUGUGGAGACAUGUUAUCGCAGAAGUCACUGAAAAUUGCAGAGGCAGCAUACGCGGCAUAUGAUCCCACCAGGGGAUCCAAGGAAAAUUAUCGCAUUCUCUGCCUGAUAAUUCGUUGCGCCCAGAAUCCCCUGAUCAUGAGGGCCAGCCCAUUUCCGUCAUUUAAUUUAAUAAACUACACCGCCAUACUCAAUCAAUGCUAUGGAAUACUGACAUUUUUAUUAAAAACUUUGGAUUAA